AUGAGACCCGUGGAGAUCGGAGAGUUGACUUACGUCGUAACCAUGGUACCCCACCAACUGGUAUCUAUCGCUGUGAUAUCUCAACUAAUGCUGUCCAUGAUGAUAAUGACAACUCAGUGAGAGACACAGUCUAUGUGGGACUGUAUACUGGCAAUGGAGGAGACAUCACUGUAGGGGACAUCACGAUAUCUGGAGAUGUGACAUUUGACUCUGACCAGUUGACGCUCACCUGUAUCUCCACUGGUGGACCUGCUACCAC